AAUACGCCAAUUUGAAAUUUCUCACAUAUCCAUCUUUCCAUUGCUUCUUUCUCCUCUCCUGUCUCUCCAGUUUCUUUUCUUUUCUCUUAUUGUACGAACCAUUCUAUUGUGCCAUAUACCUUACUCUGAUUGAGCCAAGUCAUAAGAAAUGCCUUCUUACACUUCUCCAAACUUGUCUUCUCAACAAAAUCAAUAUCACGAAUCCUCCAAUAAACCACAUAUCCUAAUCGUUGGCGGCGGCAUUGGCGGCCUCACUCUCGCGAUUUUGCUUCAACAUGCUCAUAUUCCAUACACAGUCCUUGAACGCUCUUCCAAUGUCCGAUUGCUAGGAUCGGCGAUCGCACUUGGACCGGGCGUACUGCCACUGUUUGAACAGGUGGGCUUAUUGGAAGAGAUUGAGCAAAGCUCUCGCCCUGUGACUCGAGGUAUGGUCUGGAGUGAGAAGUUAAUUCCCAUUAUGGACCUGGACCACACUUCAACCCAAAAGAGAUAUGGGUCUUUGACCAGAGUCAUUGCACGACCCACACUAUACCAGAUCCUACUUUCACAUGUUCCUUCUGAAAAGCUGUUCAUGGGCAAAAAGGUCAUAUCAUUUACACAGCAGCAUCAACAUCGGUCAGCUACAGCUGGAGGCCCAAGUGUGGAAUCGACUGGAUACAAGCAGCAGCAACACCCCAUUGUCAUUCAAUGCGCGGAUGGAUCACAGUUUUCAGGCGAUAUCCUUGUCGGGGCUGAUGGUGCUUACAGUAUUACACGACGUUUAUUAUAUCAACAGAUAGAGAAUGAUUAUAUAGCAUCGGUGUCUGGACAGGUCAACAUCCCGCCUUCAUCCUCACUUCCUUCACCAUUGCCAGCUUGUGAUAAGGAGCUACUAUCUUUCACUUCCACCUGUCUUGUAGGCCAGACACGCCCGGGACUAGAUUUGAGUAAAUUCAAGUACGUCAGAGGACCAGACUGUAAAGUCGGCAGUAUUAUCGGAGACCAUAAGCCGUAUUCUUGGAGUGUAUUCAGCAUGCCUGACGACUCAAUUUGCUGGAUGGUGACUGAGCAUCUUGGAGAGUCCUUUUCUGCAGUCUCGCCUGCUUCAUCAGUACCUUCACUUUCAUCGCCUUCCCCUCGCAGUGCAUCACCUGCUCCAUCCGCUUCCUCUACUUGUUCAAAAUCCGAUGAGGCCAGCUCAGAAUGGGGGCCAUUACAGGUUGAUAUUAUGUGUGAACAAGUCAAGGACUUUCCAAUCCCCUGCGGACCCGGACUCAAAAUGUCGGAUCUGAUCCAGAAUACAGACAGAGACAAAAUUUCCAAAGUCAUGUUGGAAGAAAAGCUCUUUGAGACGUGGUCAUAUGGGCGUGUGGUAUUGCUUGGCGAUGCAUGCCAUAAAAUGCACCCUUCAGCCGGUUUAGGUGCAGUUGCUGCAAUCCAGGAUGCAGCUAUUCUUUCAGACCUCCUUUAUCAACUACCAGAAUCGCCAUCACUGCAGGAUAUCCAACAGGUAUUCGAGAUCUAUCGCGAGGAUCGGUAUUGUAUGGCGCAGCAGUCGUACGAAACUAGUUACCAGAUGUCAACCUUGAAUGAGCAGUCCUGGAUCUCUAAUUUCAUCCGGAAGGUUAUGAAUAAUCUGCCCAAGUGGAUAUGGUAUCGCGUGCUUGAUCGUAUGUAUGAGUACCGUCCACAAGUAUCAUUUCUACCUAGAGUACAAGAUCGUGGCGAGAUGCCUCCAUUGCCGCCUUCAUAUACGACCUAUAGCAAUGGAUUUGAUAUUGACAUCGACUAAGAAUAGAGAAAUGUACAGCUAAAAAUUUCUCUUACACAACCAUACCACUCAUCAAAUUUGA